AAAAAUAGAUAAGUCUUACUACCUGUUUAUAUAUAUAUCUAUGUUUAUACAUAUGCAAGAUAUGCAAGUGUAGGUGCUUUCGCACUAGCAUGCAUUGAAUGUGCGCAGCUGAUCAGUCGGAGAAGCAUACAAAUGUGAGUAUAAAGAGGACGGAGAUAAAGUUUAUGGAAAAGCGCAAUGGAAGCAAAGCAGUGCAAAGCAUGUAAUAAUUGUGGUGAAUGAAGUAAAAUCAAAGUAUUAAAAAUUGUGAAAAAUAGAAAAAGUUAAAAAUAAUUGAAUACGAAAAUGAAUACGAAAAAGUGCGGACUAGAAAUCCGAGCAUGAAUAAGCGUACGAACUUUGAAACUUCAGUCGCGGCGUGCACGUGAAUCUGAGUAGAUCGUCGUUACAGUCGUUGUGGCGUUGUUGUCGUUGUAAGCUCGAAGCUCAAUCACUUACUGUAAGCGCGUCGUUGAAACGAAAAGUUUGUCGAUAUACAUACAUACACGUAUCUAUGUAAAUAUUUAAAUUACUAAUUUAUAUGUAAAUAUUAUUUUUACACGGUUACAAAAUCAGCGAGUGAAUAUUUGUGCAUUGCAGUGAAACGAGUAUUUUUUACGUACAAACGGACAAAAACAAAAACAAAAAUAAGUAAUUUACUUGCCUCCAUAUGUGUACAUACUCGCACAUACAUAUAUUAUAUGUAUAGUGAAGUGGCACAUUGAAUUAGUGACCUUUGAAGGCCUUUGAAUAUAAACUCCCUUACACACACACACAUACACACAAAAAAAACUAAGUAUGGAUCAAAAACGUGCUAUGCUCUAUCCCGAUAUCGAUCCAGCAGCACACAAUGCUGCCACACGCGAUCAUCGCAUAUCAGCCUCAACAGCCAUGGGUCUGCCCACUGAGGCACCACUGCCCACAGAGGCGCCGCCCUCAUACGAUAUGGCCAUUGCGUCCACAUCAACAGCGCCAAAUGCGCCGAUACUUGAAAGUGCAAGUGUUGGCGAUGGUAACGGUAUUGGUGCUGGUGGUAUCAGUGGUGGCGCUGCCGUGUUGGGUUGGCAUCCCAACGCUCCAACGCCAGCUGCGGCGGCGGCAACAGCCAGCGCGCCCGUCAUCAGGCAACAACCACAAGCGCCCAUACCGCCAGUACGUCAACAGCGUACAGCACCACAGCCAACAAUGCUGCCACACGAGAAUCAGACAAGGCCAGUGAUUGUGGUGCAACCACUGCCUCAUAAUCAGCAGCAAGCGCAAGCGCCAACAAUACGAACUGCAAAUACCUCAGUGGACAUGAAACUCGGUCCUCAUCCAUGUGCGGUCACUUGCCCGGUUUGCGGUGCCAACAAAACGACGCGAAUGGUUUACACACCCAAUACACGAACGCACAUUUGUGCUGGCCUACUCUGUUUGGCUGGUUUUUGUUGUUGUGCUUGUAUGGUACCCUAUUGCAUGAACAGCUGUCGGACGGGCAACCAUUAUUGCUCACAAUGCAAUACAUUUUUGGGUGUUUAUAGUCCGGGAAGGGCGAGGAAGUUAGGAAGGAGUAGUUAUGUUAGUUAAUACGAUACGUAAAUACUUGUAUUCGUAUGUAUAUGUGCUUACAUGCGCAUACAACUGUAUAUAAUAUUACCAGAAUACCUUUUUAUUAUUUUAUUUUUGCUUGUUUUGAAAAUUUUUAUCUCAUUUUUUGUCUCCUUAAGCCGCCUAAACAUCAUUAAAUAUUUUACAUAAGUGUAUGUACUUA